AUGCGUGUUCCAGAAAGCAACGACUCGGAACAUGUUCAGAAGGAACUGAAAAGAAUCAGGAAAGAGACGGAUGAUCUUCAGUUGAGCGUGCGAUGCUACAAAGGUGAAAACUUGAGUUCCUUGCACUAUAAUGAUUUGGUUGAACUUGAAAAGCAGCUGGAGUGCUCAGCUAACAACGUUCGAGCACGGAAGUUUGAGCUUUUGGAACAGCAGGUGGACAAUCUGCGAAGAAAGGAGAAAAUGUUGGAGGAGGAAAAUCAGCAAAUACAGUGCCACCUGCAUCAAGUUGCAGCAUUGGAGCAACAACAAGCAGCUGCAACAAUGGUGAAGCCAGAUGAACAGCAGAGAAUGUUUGAGCAAUUCCAGUUUUUUGAUGAAGAUCAGCCAAUUAGUAGUCUGCUCCAACUUGCUCCAUUACCUCCACAGUGCUUCCAACCUUAUCGUGGAAAGGUGCAAACCUUACCUCGCUCAUAUGCAAAACGGCAUACCGAGAUAAGUUUGGAGCUGAAGAAUAUUGAAAGCAAUCUGGGGCCUUUGCUUGAUUUUGGUAAGACCUCUUUCUUAUUUUUGCCUAACUAG